AUGGCCUCAUCUGCCAACAUUGGAGGCGUGUUUUCCGGCCAACCGGCGGAGUUUCCGUUGCCAACGCUCAAUUGCGGUACCUUCGAUGGUUCAGUCGCAGCCUCCCGAUGGCUCACCCGUUUGAAAUGGGACUUCGAGAAGGCUGGUCACAACCCCCAAAACCUGCCAGCAUCCCAGGUCUUGAAGACCCUCAACAUGCAAUGCGAAGGUGAUGCUGCAACGUACCUCGACAGCGUACCCCACCUCACAACCAUCAUGGACAAAGCAAUGGAUGGCAUUGCCACCCUCGCCGAUCUGGCAAUCGUGGAAGCCUCGUUGAAGGAAAGAUUCCCGUCGAAGAUAAUUGACCAGGAUGCCGCAGGCGGUGACAUCAACUCCCUCAGCCAAGAGAAAGAUGAGGCCUUGUUGGCGUACUACAACCGGGCAUUGUCGACGCUCCAUCGAGUGGGUUGCAAAGAUGCCGGCGUUGGCAUCACAUUGUCGAUGCCAGAGAAAACGGUCCUGACAGGCCUGGUGAGACAAUUCGUGAGAGGGUUGGCCGAUUCCAACCUUCGACGUCAAGCAUUGAGCAUGUCGGCAAUGACUGCUUCCAGCCUCAAAUCCGCAUUCACAAUCAUCAGAGACGCCCGACAGAUCAUUGACGAGCGCGAGGCUGAAGAUCGACGCGAGGCAGAUCUCACCCGGGCCCGAUUGCUGGAGGAGAUGGUCGUCCGCCAAAAUCCAGGCCAGGCCGUCGAACAACUGCUGGCUAGACAAUUUGCCCAAUCAAACGCCAUCUCUCAGCCCAUCCACAGUAAUUAUGGUGGCUACUUCAACCAACCCCCCAACCCCUUUGGCCCAAUUUUGGCACCCGUUGGAGCUUAUGCACCCGGAACAAUGGCCAAACCCCCGCCCAACGCCAGUCAGUUGUUGCCACCGGGAGGAUACCCACAACCGCGUCAAGCUCAGCCUGCUGCUCCUAGGUUCGGAUAUGGCAAUCAGAAUCAAGGCCAACAGUACCAAUCAUUCCAAGGUAACCAAUCAAGCCAACCUGGCCAACCUCAGUAUCGGGAUCGGGGAGCUUUCCGCAGUGGUCGCGAUGUGGGCAUCGAUUUCAGUCGCAAGGACCGCAAUCUGCCUGAUCUGCCAGAUCGGAAAACCUCCAAGAACCCCUACGUCAACGGAUCAGUGCUGAUGAGGGAUGGUGACAUCCUGUGCAUUAGAUGCGGCGAACCCAAUCACCGACGGCCCGAGUGCCAUAACACACCCCUGCAACCGUGGGAACAGUCGUACAUCAAGGCCAUGAUCUUCCCUUCCAACCGCAGUUUUGCCAACGGCAUUCGACCUCCUGUUGGUGUUGUGGAUGUGCACUCUGCACAGCUACAUUUCGUUCAAGAAUGGGGCUAUCCUGGCAAUCUACCCCCACCAGAUUUUGUUGAAGAAAUGCUGCAACAACCGCAAGCACCCCAACCUGCCACAACCACCGAUGAAUUGAAGAACCCGUGGGACCCGACAGACCACACAGUUGGCGGUCGCCAUUGCGAAUUCACCCCGGCAGAGGACGAUGCAGAUGUGGUGCCGGCAUUGACCGAGUCUGAAGAGGCACGAUUCGUCGCGGAAUCGAAAUCGGCCGGAAUUGUGCAACUGUCCGAACAGGUUGCUGAGGUGAUGAAGAUUCUGGUUGACGAUUCCCUCAAACCCGAUGAGAGAGUCCUGAAAAUCAAUUCACUGGUUGCCCAGGCCGAAGCCGCUGGAUCGUCAGCUCGGAAGAAAUGGAUGGACACCAUCCUGCAACGCCCGUCGAGUCAGGUCCAGCGAAUCGAGAAAUCAAAGCCGAAAGCACGGGUGGCCCGAAUUCCCGGUGCCAAUGCACUGGAGAAACCCCGUGGUGAUAUUCCGAUGGCGGAUAUUUUGACGCCCGAUCCGGUGGCAUCGUCGCCCAAGAAGAAAGUAGUCCGUCGAAAUGGACUCACAACCAUCGUGGCUCGAGAAGGCGAACCAGCAAUCGACAUCCGCAAGAUGGCCAAGGAUAUCAAGUUCAACAUGUCAUUGGUCGACCUGAUGCAACUGAGCCCCGAAUUCUCCAAAUCGCUGAGGGCGAUUUCCCAACGCAUCGUGGCAAAGCGACCGAAAAAGGUCAAGUUCACCGCCCCAAUCGUCGCUGAUACCCAUUUGGGCAGCAUCCCCAACCCCAUUACAAUCACCAAGGAUCCGAAGGCCAACAUCAAGUUGUUUUCUCGCAACUAUGAAGCCACCCGACCAUUCAGAAUUGAGUGUACCCUCUCAACGCCAUCGAUGCAAUACCAAUUGCCCCGCAGAGCCGCACAGGCGGAUCAGGGAUCAGAGAUGAAUAUCAUCUCUCCGAGAUUGGUGGACGAAUGUGGAUUGAGACGCCAUCCAUUGUCCGGGAUCGGAUUCGAGGGCCUCAACAUGGGCGCCGCCAGCGGAUCUACUUACGCCAUGACACAUUUUGUGGCAGUGGAGGUCACCACUUACGGCAUCAAGCGGGAAAUCUGGGCGUGCAUCCGACCUGGAGAUUCGGACCAAUCGGUGUUGCUCCUGUUGGGGAUGCCAUGGUUGUACGACGUGAGAGCACUGAUCGACCCUUGGGGCGCCAAACUGGUAAUUGGCGAUACCUCCAUAGGCGAGCAACUGGUUGAGAUUGAGGGACCGUUGAUGCAGUUGUCCGACACACAACGCCUGAUCCUCAACCCCGCCUCUGACGACACAGACUUGGUUGGCCGAGAUCGAUUGAGAAACAUGGUGGAGAUGGAUCCUGGCGAUUCCGAUGACAACGAGGAUGAUGACAACGAAGAUGCAUCUGACGCCGAUGAAGAAAUGGACGAUUCCUCUGACGACGAUUCGGAAAACUGA